AUGAGUGUUACAGACAUAGUGACACCGACCAAGGAUGCAUUGACCUCAGUCACAGAUAACGAAAAAGGUCUUUCCUUUACGGAGACAGCGUCGGUCUCGCUCAAAGUGAGAGGUCUGUCUAUUCGUGCAGUUUCAACUAGUGGAUUGAAGCGCAAGUUUGCGCGGAAGAAAGAGGGAAAAGCAACCCAAAAUCAGGAUGCUGGUGAAGGCCACGAUGUGUUGGGUGAAAAGUCAAUUUUGUUUGAUAUGUCUUUCGACGUGCCGGCUGGCUCGGUUACUGCUAUAAUGGGAGGUUCGGGUUCUGGUAAAACCACUCUGUUAAACUCAAUGGCUGGAAGACAGGGAAAAUCGAAUCUGGUCACUGAAGGGACCAUCAUGUACAAUCAGUCGAAAAACAUUUCGUCGAUACGACACGCCUAUGUGAUCCAACAGGAUAUUUUGUUGCCUCAGCUAACAUGUUUUGAGACCCUCAGUUAUGCUGCAGAAUUGAGAUUGCCGAAGUUAACCAAGAAGGAAGAAAGACACCGGCUUGUGGACGAGCUGAUUCUGGAGCUGGGCUUAAAGGAGUGCAGAGACACUAUGGUUGGAGAUAGAAUUCACAAGGGAUUAUCUGGUGGUGAAAAGAGAAGACUCUCGAUUGGAAUACAAUUGCUUGCUAAUCCAUCGGUGUUAUUUCUAGACGAACCUACGACUGGGUUGGACGCUUACAGUGCUUUGCUAUUGGUCCAGACUCUUAAAAAAUUGGCUAAAAAGGGCAAAACUUUUAUUGUCAGCAUCCACCAGCCAAGAUCUGACAUUUUUUCUCUUUUUGACCAGAUUUUGGUUCUUUCUAGGGGAAGAAUGUGCUAUGGAGCAAAAGGCAGCGAGAUCAUCUCAUACUUUAGCGAAUUGGGUUUCAAUGUUCCGGAACUUGUCAACCCUGCAGAUUACCUAGUUGAUAUCACCAGCAUUGAUUUCCGCACACCUGAAGCUUACAAGCGGAGUUCGGCCCGAUAUGAUGUAAUUGCUGAGUCCUGGAGGGCCCGAAUGAUGUCAACGGACGAUACGCCUUUCGCAGACUCUGCUCCGAACGACUUGAGUGCGGAGACUUUUGAACCUGGACGAGCUCCUUUUCUCAGGGAAGUGAAGAUUUUGGUGAGACGCAACUUUGUUUUGACAUUUCGUGAUCCUGUGGGAUUUGCAGCUCUGAUCUUCGAGUGCAUUACUCUGGGCAGUGUGUGUGGUUGGGUAUUUUACCGUCCAGGCACCUCACUUUCAGCCAUUAAAACCAUCCUUGGUUCUCUCUACAUCACCACCUCACUUCAGGUUUACUUGUUAUUAUUAUACGAAACCUACAGACUGUGUACAGUGGACAUGAAGGUGUUUGAUAGAGAGAGGUCUGAAGGAUGCACCACGGUGUGGGGCUUUCUUCUUGCAAGAAGAAUAGCCAAGCUGUGUUGCGAAGAUAUCAUUGUACCGUUUAUAUUUUCCAUCAUCACCUACUUUAUGUUUGGUCUGAGAACGGACAGUGCCAGCCAUUUUUUCAUCUUCUUUGUCGAGAAUUUCGUUGGCCAUCUGACGUCAAUGUCUCUGGCCACUUUGGCAGUUGCCGUCUCAAGAGAAGUCUCUACUGCUACUCUCAUUUGCAAUCUCAAUUUCACGUUUCAGAGCAUGACCAAUGGGUUUUUCGUGAACGCUAAGGAUGCUCCAGUAUAUGUUAGAUGGUGCAAAUACGUUGCAUAUGUGUGGUAUGCCUUUGGAUGUCUCUCUUCCAAUCAGUUUACUGGUUUCAAGGGUUCGUGCUUUGCUGAAAAUGCUUCCAAUCCCGACGUCGAUACCAUUUGCCAGGCUUAUUCUGGCUCAUUCGUUCUGGACUCGAUAGGAUUUUGGGAGAACUGGAUUGCAUUGCCAAUAUGUGUUCAUCUGUGUUGGGCAAUUGGAUUCUACGUUGCAGCUGGUGUGUUUCUGACCCUCAAGCCUGUUGAUGUGUCUAUGGCCAAAGAAGUUGGGACCAAGAUAAAGGACACAAAUCUUGAUUUACUGAGCAAGGACGUUGAGGAAGAAAAGGCCAUUUCUCGUUCGACUCCAGAGGAGAUCGGUAUAACUUUGAGACUCCAGUCGCUCUGUCUGGGAGUAGAGCUCAAAUCACCAAUUCGUUCUUUGCUGAGAAACUCGGGCCAAAGCAAGGUCAUUCUGAGUGAUAUUGAUGCGGUAUUCAAGGCUGGCAAAAUGAACGCUAUAAUGGGGCCUUCUGGGUCCGGGAAAUCGUCUCUGUUGAAUCUGAUAAGUGGAAGAGUUAACUCCAAUCUCACCACGAGAUAUUCCUCGUCAGGAUCUAUCUACUUCAACCAAUACCAUGUGAACACCCAUGUUAUUCGCUCUCUGUGCUCGUAUGUGUCACAGGAUGACGAUAAUCUGUUGCCCUCUCUUUCAGUCGAAGAGACGUUGAGAUUCGCAGCUACUCUGAGGCUUUCUAGAAGCAAAAUGACCAGAGCCGAAAUAAACGAACUGGUGGAUGGGUUCAUCCGGAAAAUGGGUCUCACAGAGUGUAGAAACACUCCUAUUGGUUCGGAGUUCGUCAAAGGUAUAUCUGGAGGAGAGAAAAGACGAGUCUCCAUUGCAAUACAACUGCUGAACAAUCCAAAGAUUUUGUUUCUUGAUGAACCGACGUCAGGUUUGGAUGCCUUCACCGCAUCCUCCAUACUGGACGUCUUGAGAAAACUGACUGAAGAGGGAAAAACCGUCAUAAUGACAAUUCACCAACCACGCUUCGAUCUGUUCAAUUCAUUUGGAUCGGUGCUACUUCUGUCGAAGGGAGGGAGAGUUGCAUUUGAUGGGUCCCCUACAGAAAUGCUGGAUCAUUUCGGGUCAUUGGGAUAUCCAGUUCCUGCUCUUACUAACGCUGCAGACCAUGUGCUUGAUUUGAUCUCGUAUAACACGCAGAACGAGAUUGCAGAAGCCAAUACUAGAAUGCGAGUUUCGCAGUUGUUGAACGUUUGGGACCAGAAAAAGACGCAGCAAAAAUCUCUGGAGCUCACUGAGCAGACAACCGUUGUCGAUGAUACUUAUCUCAUGGCUGAACAAUUCAGCACAUUUGUGAGGAAAAGAGCUGCCACCUUGACUGCUUUUAAGACGUUAUGUCGUAGACAAUUCCUGUGUGUUUGCAGAGAUAUGAAUUUGUUCAUGGCAAGAAUAGCGCAGGUAACUGGUAUGGGAGUUAUACUGGCUCUUUUCUUUGCACCCAUGAAGCACAACUACAAUUCUAUUCAGAAUAGGAUUGGUAUUCUUCAGCAGAUAUCCUCGCUGUAUUUUGUGGGGGUCUUGAACAAUGUGAGUGUUUAUCCGAUGGAAAGAAACUUCUUUUACGAAGAGUACGAGGAUAACGUUGUGGGAUCAGUCUCGUUCUUCCUAGCUUAUCUGACUUGUGAGCUUCCAUUUGAAAUCUUCACCGCCCUGGUGUUCUCUGUUUUUGUGGACAUGGUGGUUGGUUUACCGAGAAAUCCCGAGACUUUUUUUGCUUUGGCGUAUGGUGCGUUGAUGACAGUUAAUACUGGGGAAUCCUUGGGCAUUAUAUUCAACACAUUGGUGGAUCACGCGGGAUUUGCGCUAAACGUGAUCUCGCUAUUGGCCUCGCUGGCUACCAUGAUGUCUGGUUUGAUGUCCUUGAACAUGGGUGCUUUUCUACGUGGCGUAAAUUGGGUCUCUCCUCUUUGCUACGUCGUGAAGAUCUCUACGAAUUUAGUGUUCACUUCAGAUGUCCACUUCACGUGCGAUAACACAACGGCCAACGCUGAUGGUACUUGCACUUUCUCCAAUGGUGAAGAUGUGUUGCAUAGUUACGGGUUCCAUGCCAAUGUACCGCUCAUGUGCGGCCUUCUUGCGGUCGUGACAGUCUCGUAUAGACUUAUAGCAUAUGGAGUUCUGAGGAUCAGACUUCUCAGGGUUAGUUUGGAUGAUUUCAGGGCUAAAGUUGGCCUGAAGUCGUAG